ACUCAACAAUGCCUGCCCCUCUCUGACUGCACCGUCCCGGCGCUCCCACAGCCGCCGCCGACGCCCAGUAGAGCCCCCGGGGCGGUCCCCACCGACGGCGCAGCCCGCCGGGACCGGGAGGAAGCAGCUGCGGCCACUGCGCCCGUGCGUCCGCGCGCCCGGCCGCCAGGUGCCCCAGCAGCCCGGCCGCCGAGAUGCCCAGCCUGCCGGGGCUCCGGGUGCUGUGGCUUUGCGCCGCGCUGUGCGCCUCUCGGAGCGCCGGCGGCGCCCCCCAGCCCGGCCCGGGGCCCACCGCCUGCCCGGCCCCCUGCCACUGCCAGGAGGACGGCAUCAUGCUGUCCGCCGACUGCUCUGAGCUCGGGCUGUCCGCUGUUCCGGGGGACCUGGACCCGCUGACGGCUUACCUGGACCUCAGCAUGAACAACCUCACAGAGCUUCAGCCUGGCCUCUUCCACCACCUGCGCUUCUUGGAGGAGCUGCGUCUCUCUGGGAACCAUCUCUCACACAUCCCAGGACAAGCAUUCUCUGGUCUCUACAGCCUGAAAAUCCUGAUGCUGCAGAACAAUCAACUGGGAGGAAUCCCCGCAGAGGCGCUGUGGGAGCUGCCGAGCCUGCAGUCGCUGCGCCUAGAUGCCAACCUCAUCUCCCUGGUCCCGGAGAGGAGCUUUGAGGGGCUGUCCUCCCUCCGCCACCUCUGGCUGGACGACAAUGCACUCAUGGAGAUCCCUGUCAGGGCCCUCAACAACCUCCCUGCCCUGCAGGCCAUGACCCUGGCCCUCAACCGCAUCAGCCACAUCCCCGACUACGCCUUCCAGAAUCUCACCAGCCUUGUGGUGCUGCAUUUGCAUAACAACCGCAUCCAGCAUCUGGGGACCCACAGCUUCGAGGGGCUGCACAAUCUGGAGACACUUGACCUGAAUUAUAACGAGCUGCAGGAGUUCCCCGUGGCUAUCCGGACCCUGGGCAGACUGCAGGAACUGGGGUUCCAUAACAACAAUAUCAAGGCCAUCCCAGAAAAGGCCUUCAUGGGGAACCCUCUGCUACAGACGAUACACUUUUAUGAUAACCCAAUCCAGUUUGUGGGAAGAUCAGCAUUCCAGUACCUGCCUAAACUCCACACGCUAUCUCUCAAUGGUGCUACAGACAUCCAGGAGUUUCCAGAUCUCAAAGGCACCACCAGCCUGGAGAUCCUGACCCUGACCCGCGCAGGCAUCCGGCUGCUCCCAUCGGGGAUGUGCCAACAGCUGCCCAGGCUCCGAGUCCUGGAACUGUCUCACAAUCAAAUUGAGGAGCUGCCAAGCCUGCACAGGUGUCAGAAAUUGGAGGAAAUCGGCCUCCAACACAACCGCAUCUGGGAAAUUGGAGCUGACACCUUCAGCCAGCUGAGCUCCCUGCAAGCCCUGGAUCUUAGCUGGAAUGCCAUCCGGUCCAUCCACCCCGAGGCCUUCUCCACCCUGCGCUCCCUGGUCAAGCUGGACCUGACAGACAACCAGCUGACCACACUGCCCCUGGCUGGACUUGGGGGCUUGAUGCAUCUGAAGCUCAAAGGGAACCUGGCUCUCUCCCAGGCAUUCUCCAAGGACAGUUUCCCAAAACUGAGGAUCCUGGAAGUACCUUAUGCCUACCAGUGCUGUCCCUAUGGGAUGUGUGCCAGCUUCUUCAAGUCCUCUGGGCAGUGGGAGGCUGAAGACCUUCACCUUGAUGAUGAGGAGUCUUCAAAAAGGCCCCUGGGCCUCCUUGCCAGACAAGCAGAGAACCACUAUGACCUGGACCUGGAUGAGCUCCAGCUGGAGAUGGAGGACUCAAAGCCACACCCCAGUGUCCAGUGUAGCCCUACUCCAGGCCCCUUCAAGCCCUGUGAGUACCUCUUUGAAAGCUGGGGCAUCCGCCUGGCCGUGUGGGCCAUCGUGUUGCUCUCCGUGCUCUGCAAUGGACUGGUGCUGCUGACCGUGUUCGCUGGCGGGCCUGUCCCCCUGCCCCCGGUCAAGUUUGUGGUAGGUGCGAUUGCAGGCGCCAACACCUUGACUGGCAUUUCCUGUGGCCUUCUAGCCUCAGUCGAUGCCCUGACCUUUGGCCAGUUUUCUGAGUACGGAGCCCGCUGGGAGAUGGGGCUGGGCUGCCGGGCCACUGGCUUCCUGGCAGUACUUGGGUCUGAGGCGUCAGUGCUGCUGCUCACUCUGGCCGCAGUGCAGUGCAGCAUCUCCGUCUCCUGCGUCCGGGCCUAUGGGAAGUCCCCCUCCCUGGGCAGCGUUCGAGCAGGGGUCCUGGGCUGCCUGGUGCUGGCAGGGCUGGCCGCCGCGCUGCCCCUGGCCUCAGUGGGAGAAUACGGGGCCUCCCCACUCUGCCUGCCCUAUGCGCCACCUGAGGGCCAGCCAGCAGCCCUGGGCUUCGCCGUGGCCCUGGUGAUGAUGAACUCCUUCUGUUUCCUGGUCGUGGCCGGUGCCUACAUCAAACUCUACUGUGACCUGCCGCGGGGCGACUUUGAGGCCGUGUGGGACUGCGCCAUGGUGAGGCACGUGGCCUGGCUCAUCUUUGCAGACGGGCUCCUCUACUGUCCCGUGGCCUUCCUCAGCUUCGCCUCCAUGCUGGGCCUCUUCCCUGUCACACCCGAGGCCGUCAAGUCUGUCCUGCUGGUGGUGCUGCCCCUGCCUGCCUGCCUCAACCCGCUGCUCUACCUGCUCUUCAACCCCCACUUCCGGGAUGACCUUCGGCGGCUUCGGCCCCGCGCAGGGGCCUCAGGGCCCCUAGCCUAUGCUGCGGCCGGAGAGCUAGAGAAAAGCUCCUGCGAUUCUACCCAGGCCCUGGUGGCCUUCUCUGAUGUGGAUCUCAUUCUGGAAGCUUCUGAAGCUGGGCGGCCCCCUGGGCUGGAGACGUAUGGCUUCCCCUCAGUGACCCUCAUCUCCUGUCAGCAGCCAGGGGCCCCCAGGCUGGAGGGCAGCCAUUGUGUAGAGCCAGAGGGGAACCACUUUGGGAACCCCCAACCCUCCAUGGAUGGAGAACUGCUGCUGAGGGAAGAGGGAUCUAAGCCAGCAGGUGGAGGCUCGUCAGGAGGUGGUGGCUUUUGGCCCUCUGGCUUGGCCUUUGCUUCACACGUGUAAAUAUCCCUCCCCAUUCUUCUCUUCCCCUCUCUUCCCUUUCCUCUCUCCCCCUCGGUGAAUGAUGGCUGCUUCUAAAACAAAUACAACCAAAACUCAGCAGUGCGAUCCAUAGCAGGAUGUCCCAGUCCCUGGCUCCACUGAUCACCUCUCUUCUGUGACCAUCACCAACAAGUGCCUCUUGGCCUGGCUUUUACUUGGCCUUCCUCAGCUUCACCUUCAUGCUGGGCCUCUUCCUUGUCAUGUCUGAAGCUGUGGACCAGAGACCUGGAUGUUUGUCUGCUUAAAGGAAAUGAGGGAAGUAAAGACAGUGAAGGGGUGGAGGGUUCAUCAGGGCACAGUGGACAGGGAGACCUCACAGAGAAAGGCCUGGAAGGUGAUUUCCCAUGUGACUCAUGGAUAGGAUACAAAAUGUGUUCCGUGUACCAUUAAUCUUGACAUAUGCCAUGCAUAAAGACUUCCUAUUAAAAUAAGCUUUGGAAGAGAUUAUACAUGAUGUCUUUUUCUUAGAGAUUCACAGUGCAUGUUAGUGUAAUAGAGAGAAGUCCUACAGUAGCAAAAUCUAUUGAACUUUGUUUAACCCAGUUCCCUGAAUUAUUUGGUAACAGGUUUUUGUCUGCUUAUUUGGUUUUCCUGGAAUAUCUAUUAACAUGACAGAACUUAGCACUGUUCUCUCCCAGGGAGCUCAUCUCUGUACCACCUAGUGCUACCGAGUGACAUCACAAAAUGCCACCACUUCCUGAAAGCCCUGAUCAAGCCCUGAUCCUAGAAUGAACUGCCAGAGGUAACUGAUGAUUCCAUCCACCAGUAGAGACUCUCAGCACUUACCUCCCACCUCUCUUAUCCUAUGCUGGGAAGGAUGAGGAGAAGCCUGCCAUUGAGGUUCCAGACUCAGACCCCUGAGUUGGGGCAGGGAGAAAGGGAUCCCUGUGUAUUCUCUCACCACCCUGCCAUGAACCCCAGCAAGCCCAAGUACCAGUGAAAGUUUGUCUGCUGCAAGAGGGAUAGUAAGGUUCCUGGAUCCUGGCAGGGCUGUCUGGGUUCCCUCUGGCUCUUUGUUGCCUUCUUCCGCUUCUCCAUCAGAUGCCCCUGCCACCUCCUGUCACAAGCCAGGUCCUGCCUACUCUUUGGGACAAGGAGGCCUUAGACAGAAAACAGGAGAGAUUUGAAUUGUAGGUAUUGAAUUUUAGGAAAUUGUAGUUAUCUGGGACCCUGGGUGCCUCAGAUAGGCCGCUGACCCUUCUGCCUCUCCCCUCAUGACCUUUCUACCUGUGGUUUUCCAAGUGUCUCUGAGCAUUUCCAGAAUGCCCCCCUCACCCAGCCCCAAACACACACACAUUCAAUCUGAGAGUGAGGCGGUAAGAGCUGCAGCAUCCUUCCAGACAUUAAAGGUAAUUCUUGGAGACAUAAAAAGAGAAUCCAAGACUCAGCAAAGGGCAAGACUUGCUCUAGGGUACCCCAACAUCAGUCACAUCUAGAGGACAGGAGUCUAGAAUUCUGAGACCAGAUGGAAAACAAUCUUCUUCCUGAAUUCUGGCGUGGUCCUCAGCCAGGCCCUAUCCCCAGGAUCUCCACUAUUAAAACAACAAACCUGAAGAAAGCCCUUCUUCUAAUUUUGUAGUUCAAGUUUCUGCAGCUUAGCUUCUCUGCUAUCUCCCUGCUGUCCCCAGUGCCUAGUGGAAAUUCUGACACAGGACAAAAAGGCUGCCUAGGCUGAGGUAGGUAGGGUAGCUCCAUGGGUGAAACUUGCUACAUUUCUAAAUCUUAUGUGACUAGUUGCCUGGUCUCUUAUAGCCUCUGAAGCAGAAUGUGCUGACCUUGUAAUCCCAGAAGAAUCUUAGGGUCCUACCAUGAGGCCAGCCUCAGUGUAGGUACUCGCUAAUGAUGGCAGGUGUAUUUAUCAGUUGUUUAUUUGAGAACCCUGCUCUCCCAAUUUCCCCAGGGCUGAUCAAGAGCCCUUAAAGAAAGGAGUUUGCUCUACUUUGGAUACUGAGAAUUGGUGACUCUUAUCAGGGAAAGGAGUUCUUUGCCUCAGGAAUGACAAAACUUGUACAAUUUUUGGGAGCCUUGACUUGUAAAAGUCACCCCAGAUCCCUUCUCACUUCUUGCCCCCACCAUGUGAUCAUUGUUCCCCUUGGAGUUAGGGAGGCUGUGUUGAGGUGGAGCACAGUGGCCAUGUGUUAGAGGCUUAGGAGUCACAGGAACUGCUCCCUACAAGUGGCCUCUUCUAUGAAAGGGGGACCAGUGAUUUUUGGCUGCAAGCUCAAGGGUAGCACCACUGUCACCUUAUCAUCUGCUUCUAAAGAUCCAGACAUCUGCUGGCCAGAGGAGCAUCUGCUGAACCUUCUCAUUAGAGGAGAGGUGUGGAGGAAGGGAGUGGAGGUGUUUGCCAUGAACUAUUUUCAUUAUUCAGAAAGUCUGGUCGAUGUACACUUACCCGAAAUAAAGCUGAGCAGUACAGUUUCUUUGUUUUUUGAUUUCGACUGAAUCUCUAGCAAGUCAGUAUGUUAUUCCUUUGGUUAUCUUCAUUAUGAUCCACAGAAGAUUAUGUAUGUCUUUGAUCACAAAAUCAAAAAACAAAUUAUUCAAUGCAUGUAAAUGCAUUUUGUUGGGUUGACAAAAUCUUCCAAAAUGGUAUCCAUGGGGAAGAGUCUGUCCAAGAGGGCUAUAGUGGUGGUAUGCUGAGAACUGCUGACUGGGUGUGUGUUGCCCUGUGCGCUGUGUGCUGUGCAUUGGCAACUGGUGCCAACCACAAUCUCAUCUCAGACCGAUUUGUGGAAGAGAACCUCUUAUGGCAGAAAUGGUUUUUAUAAGCAACUUUGAACAUACCAAUGGUAAAAUCCAAAAAACGCUGAGCUGAGAUUUGAAGGCUAUGGAUGAACAGAGCCCCUAGCGGGGCCUUCUCCAUGCUUCCCUCUCUCCUCCUCUAGCCUCCAGUAUCUUUCUAGUUUCCCUUUCCAGGAAGAAUAAAAGGUCUAAAGAGUAGGGGAAAGGAAAAAGGAAGAGCUGACAAUAAAUAGGCCGAGUGACAAUGAUGGGAAGUUGCUAGAACGCUUUUUUGUUUGUUCUUCUAUGUUUUCUUUAAUUUUUUUUUACCUUUUUAAAACAUUUUUAUUUAUUUUUAAUUUUUUAAUUUUUUUAUUUCUUCUUAUUUCGUAAACCAGCAUCAGAACUACAGUAGCUAGAACCCUUGAUCCCGUCUGGUACCAUCUAACUACCUCUGCUCUGCUUUAUAGCAAGCUCUCCCACCAACCACCCCCUCCCCACUCCCCCACCCCCACAUCACUUCUGGGUUUCAGUUCCAUGCCCUCUCCAGUUGCUUGAAGUAUAAGGAUUGUCAAGAUGUAAAUAUUUGGAUUCUUCUGUAUAAUAAAGCACAAAUGAAGUAC